AUGCCGGUACAGAGAAAGCGCUGUCAUGCAAAUAACCUUGGAGAGUACUCCAAGAAGAGAAAACUGGCCAGUAAUGCACCUGAACCCGCGCAUCGGUGCACUCCUGCUGUGAUACACUUGUCCAUUCCCACCAAAAACAACACCUUGGGUUGCAGUGACUCCGAUGUUUGUGAUUUCGACAUUGAGCUGGAAAGUGACAGUGAUCAGAGUGAGUUUGAUGCCGAUGAUUUGGAUGAAAACUCCGACAACACCUCUGAAUGGCUAUCAAAAAUCCCGCUGUUUGAGUGCAUGUGUCAGGCUCAAAAGGUCCUAUCCCAUCUAAUACAUGAGCGGGGUACGAUUGUGGGGAAUAAGGUUCAGUAUGCCGGAACAACAAUCAACAGGACUCCUUCAGAGCGGACCCGACACCGUCAUGCUGCCAAACAACGCGUUGUUAUGCAGAAAGUGCAAGAGAUGGCUAAGAAAACCAAAGCUGACCAAAAAAAACGCACCAUACAUGAUUUCUUUCACCCUCCCCACAAAUCCAACUCCAGUACCCCAGACCCGAUUGUUGUCAGCGACUCGGAUGCCGACUCUGAUGACUCUCUGCUGAGUAUGCGUGAAAUAACCAGCCAACAUCUCAAUGGUUCCAAUCACCCAACUCCAGAUAACAUCAAUCCUGGAACAGAUGAUGCCUCAGAAUCAACGCGCACCAGUACUCCCUAUCCAGACACUCCCAUCAACCCAUCCGAAACACCCAUCACAUCAGAGACUUACCCCAAAGAUCCUUUGCCAACUCAGUAUCACUCCCACUCAUUCGUUGCCGCUCCAUCCAGAGAGGCUGCAAAAGAAUCUGCUGAAAGGCUCAGUGAAAUUGUUCAACCCCACCAGAAUGGCCCUGGUCAUAAAAAAUCAAAUUUUGAUGACUUAACAUGCAUGAGACUUGAACAAAUCCUCCAAUUGCUGCGAGUGUAUAGUUCUGACCGUGCGGGUUUGGUGCUGGACAUAGGCUGGAUUUGUGCUUCAGAGUUUGUGGCAACCUCUUGGGACCGUGGGCCCUCAUAUGCAAAAAGGUUGCAUGAGUGGUGUCACGCUUUCAUGGUUGAUUCCGAUGACAUUCCAAUGAACCCCUAUGGAAAAUGGAAGGAAUCAAUACUUGUGAUGGAUGACACGAAAUCGAGGCUCACCUCCGUAGCCUUGGUCCAUACAUCUCGGCAUUGGACAUUGUUCAAUUUCUAA